UGCCCAUCCAUAAACUUUUUUCGCUCACCUGCGCAUCCAUAAACUCUCCCGCUCUCCUGCCCAUCCAUAAACUCUCCCGCUCACCUGCCCAUCCAUAAACUCUCCCGCUCUCCUGCCCAUCCAUAAACUCUCCAGCUCUCCUGCCCAUCCAUAAACUCACCUGCCCAUCCAAAAUCUCUCCCGCUCUCCUGCCCAUCCAUAAACUCUCCCGCUCUCCUUCCCAUCCAUAAACUCUCCCGCUCUCCUGCCCAUCCAUGAACUCUCUCACUCUCCUGCACAUCCAUGAACUCUCCCGCUCACCUGCCCAUCCAUAAACUCUCCCGCUCUCCUGCCCAUCCAUAAACUCUCCCGCUCACCUGCCCAUCUAUGUACUCACCCGCUCUCCUGCCCAUCCGUAAACUCUCCCGCCCACCUGCCCAUCCAUAAACCCUCCAGCUCUCCUGCCCAUCCAUAAACUCUCCCGCUCAGCUGACCAUCCAUAAACUCUCCCGCUCUCCUGACCAUCCAUAAACUCUCGUGCUCUCCUACGCAACCAUAAACUCUCCCGCUCUCCUGCGCAUCCAUGAACUCUCCCGCUCUCCUGCGCAUCUAUGUACUCUCCCGCUCUCCUGCGCAUCCAUGAACUCUCCCGCUCUCCUGCGCAUCCAUGAACUCUCCCGCUCUCCUGGGCAUCCAUGAACUCUCCCGCUCACCUGCCCACCCAUGAACUCUCCCCCUCUUCUGCCCAUCCAUAGACUCUCUUACUCACCUGCCCAUCCAUAUACUCUCCCGCUCUCCUUCCAAUCCAUUAACUCUCCCGCUCACCUGCCCCUCCAUAAACUCUCCCGCACUCCUGCGUAUCCAUGAACUCUCCCGCUCUCUUGCCCAUCCAUGAACUCUCUCUCUCUCCUGCGCAUCCAUGAAAUCACCCGCUCUCUUGCCCAUUUAUAAACUCUCCCGCUCACCUGCCCAUCCAAAAUCUCUCCCGCUCUCCUGCCCAUCCAUAAACUCUCCCGCUCUCCUGCCCAUCCAUAAACUCUCCCGCUCUCCUGCCCAUCCAUGAACUCUCUCACUCUCCUGCACAUCCAUGAACUCUCCCGCUCACCUGCCCAUCCAUAAACUCUCCCGCUCUCCUGCCCAUCCAUAAACUCUCCCGCUCACCUGCCCAUCUAUAUACUCACCCGCUCUCCUGCCCAUCCGUAAACUCUCCCGCCCACCUGCCCAUCCAUGAACUCUCCCUCUCUCCUACGCAUCCAUGAACUCUCCCGCUCUCCUGCGCAUCCAUGAACUCCCCCACUCACCUGCCCAUCCAUGAACUCUCCCGCUCACCUCCUCCAUGACCUCUCCCCCUAACCUGCCCAUCCAUAAACUUUUUUCGCUCACCUGCGCAUCCAUAAACUCUCCCGCUCUCCUGCCCAUCCAUAAACUCUCCCGCUCACCUGCCCAUCCAUAAACUCUCCCGCUCUCCUGCCCAUCCAUAAACUCUCCAGCUCUCCUGCCCAUCCAUAAACUCACCUGCCCAUCCAAAAUCUCUCCCGCUCUCCUGCCCAUCCAUAAACUCUCCCGCUCUCCUUCCCAUCCAUAAACUCUCCCGCUCUCCUGCCCAUCCAUGAACUCUCUCACUCUCCUGCACAUCCAUGAACUCUCCCGCUCACCUGCCCAUCCAUAAACUCUCCCGCUCUCCUGCCCAUCCAUAAACUCUCCCGCUCACCUGCCCAUCUAUAUACUCACCCGCUCUCCUGCCCAUCCCUGACCAUCCAUAAACUCUCCCGCUCUCCUGACCAUCCAUAAACUCUCGUGCUCUCCUACGCAACCAUAAACUCUCCCGCUCUCCUGCGCAUCCAUGAACUCUCCCGCUCUCCUGCGCAUCUAUGUACUCUCCCGCUCUCCUGCGCAUCCAUGAACUCUCCCGCUCUCCUGCGCAUCCAUGAACUCUCCCGCUCUCCUGGGCAUCCAUGAACUCUCCCGCUCACCUGCCCACCCAUGAACUCUCCCCCUCUUCUGCCCAUCCAUAGACUCUCUUACUCACCUGCCCAUCCAUAUACUCUCCCGCUCUCCUUCCAAUCCAUUAACUCUCCCGCUCACCUGCCCAUCCAUAAACUCUCCCGCACUCCUGCGUAUCCAUGAACUCUCCCGCUCUCUUGCCCAUCCAUGAACUCUCUCUCUCUCCUGCGCAUCCAUGAAAUCACCCGCUCUCUUGCCCAUUUAUAAACUCUCCCGCUCACCUGCCCAUCCAAAAUCUCUCCCGCUCUCCUGCCCAUCCAUAAACUCUCCCGCUCUCCUGCCCAUCCAUAAACUCUCCCGCUCUCCUGCCCAUCCAUGAACUCUCUCACUCUCCUGCACAUCCAUGAACUCUCCCGCUCACCUGCCCAUCCAUAAACUCUCCCGCUCUCCUGCCCAUCCAUAAACUCUCCCGCUCACCUGCCCAUCUAUAUACUCACCCGCUCUCCUGCCCAUCCGUAAACUCUCCCGCCCACCUGCCCAUCCAUGAACUCUCCCUCUCUCCUACGCAUCCAUGAACUCUCCCGCUCUCCUGCGCAUCCAUGAACUCCCCCACUCACCUGCCCAUCCAUGAACUCUCCCGCUCACCUCCUCCAUGACCUCUCCCGCUAACCUGCCCAUCCAUAAACUUUUUUCGCUCACCUGCGCAUCCAUAAACUCUCCCGCUCUCCUGCCCAUCCAUAAACUCUCCCGCUCACCUGCCCAUCCAUAAACUCUCCCGCUCUCCUGCCCAUCCAUAAACUCUCCAGCUCUCCUGCCCAUCCAUAAACUCACCUGCCCAUCCAAAAUCUCUCCCGCUCUCCUGCCCAUCCAUAAACUCUCCCGCUCUCCUUCCCAUCCAUAAACUCUCCCGCUCUCCUGCCCAUCCAUGAACUCUCUCACUCUCCUGCACAUCCAUGAACUCUCCCGCUCACCUGCCCAUCCAUAAACUCUCCCGCUCUCCUGCCCAUCCAUAAACUCUCCCGCUCACCUGCCCAUCUAUAUACUCACCCGCUCUCCUGCCCAUCCGUAAACUCUCCCGCCCACCUGCCCAUCCAUAAACCCUCCAGCUCUCCUGCCCAUCCAUAAACUCUCCCGCUCACCUGCCCAUCCAUAAACUCUCCCGCUCUCCUGCCCAUCCAUAAUCUCUCCCGCUCAGCUGACCAUCCAUAAACUCUCCCGCUCUCCUGACCAUCCAUAAACUCUCCUGCUCUCCUACGCAACCAUAAACUCUCCCGCUCUCCUGCGCAUCCAUGAACUCUCCCGCUCCUGCGCAUCUAUGUACUCUCCCGCUCUCCUGCGCAUCCAUGAACUCUCCCGCUCUCCUGCGCAUCCAUGAACUCUCCCGCUCUCCUGGGCAUCCAUGAACUCUCCCGCUCACCUGCCCACCCAUGAACUCUCCCCCUCUUCUGCCCAUCCAUAGACUCUCUUACUCACCUGCCCAUCCAUAUACUCUCCCGCUCUCCUUCCAAUCCAUUAACUCUCCCGCUCACCUGCCCAUCCAUAAACUCUCCCGCACUCCUGCGUAUCCAUGAACUCUCCCGCUCUCUUGCCCAUCCAUGAACUCUCUCUCUCUCCUGCGCAUCCAUGAAAUCACCCGCUCUCUUGCCCAUCCACGAACUCCCCCGCUCUGCUGCGCAUCCAUGAGCUCUCCCGCUCUCCUGUGCAUGCAUGAACUCUCCUGCUCUCCUACGCAUCUAGGAACUCUCCCGCUCUCCUGCGCAUCCAUGAACUCUCCCGCUCUCCUGCGCAUCCAUGAACUCUCCCGCUCACCUGCCCACCCAUGAACUCUCCCGCUCUACUGCCCAUUCAUUAACUCUCCCGCUCUCCUGCCCAUUUAUUAACUCUCCCGCUCACCUGCCCACCCAUGAACUCUCCCGCUCUACUGCCCAUCCAUAAACUCUCUUGCUCACCUGCCCAUCCAUACACUCUCCCGCUCUCCUUCCAAUCCAUUAACUCUCCCGCUCACCUGCCCAUCCAAAAACUCUCCCGCUCUCCUGCGCAUCCAUGAACUCUCCCGCUCUCUUGCCCAUCCAUGAACUCUCUCUCUCUCCUGCGCAUCCAUGAAAUCACCCGCUCUCUUGCCCAUCCAUAAACACUCCCGCUCACCUGCCCAUCCAUAAACUCACCAGCUCUCCUGCCCAUCCAUAAACUCUCCCCCACACCUGCCCAUCCACGAACUCUCCCGCUCUCCUGCGCAUCCAUGAACUCUCCCGCUCUCCUGCGCAUCCAUGAACUCUCCCGCUCUCCUGGGCAUCCAUGAACUCUCCCGCUCACCUGCCCACCCAUGAACUCUCCCGCUCUACUGCCCAUCCAUAGACUCUCCCGCUCUCCUGCCCAUUUAUUAACUCUCCCGCUCACCUGCCCAUCCAUGAACUCUCCCUCUCUCCUACGCAUCCAUGAACUCUCCCGCUCUCCUGCGCAUCCAUGAACUCCCCCGCUCACCUGCCCAUCCAUGAACUCUCCCGCUCAUCUCCUCCAUGAACUGUCUCGCUCACCUGCCCAUCUAUAAACUUUCCCGCUCACCUGCGCAUCCAUAAACUCUCCCGCUCUCCUGCCCAUCCAUAAUCUCUCCCACUCACCUACCCAUCCAUAAACUCUCCCGCUCUCCUGCGCAUCCAUGAACUCUCCCGCUCACCUGCCCACCCAUGAACUCUCCUGCUCUACUGCCCAUCCAUUAACUCUCCCGCUCUCCUGCCCAUUUAUUAACUCUCCCGCUCACCUGCCCACCCAUGAACUCUCCCGCUCUACUGCCCAUCCAUAAACUCUCUUGCUCACCUGCCCAUCCAUAUACUCUCCCGCUCUCCUUCCAAUCCAUUAACUCUCCCGCUCACCUGCCCAUCCAAAAACUCUCCCGCUCUCCUGCGCAUCCAUGAACUCUCCCGCUCUCUUGCCCAUCCAUGAACUCUCUCUCUCUCCUGCGCAACCAUGAAAUCACCCGCUCUCUUGCCCAUCCAUAAACACUCCCGCUCACCUGCCCAUCCAUAAACUCUCCAGCUCUCCUGCCCAUCCAUAAACUCUCCCGCACACCUGCCCAUCCACGAACUCUCCCGCUCUCCUGCGCAUCCAUGAACUCUCCCGCUCUCCUGCGCAUCCAUGAACUCUCCCGCUCUCCUGGGCAUCCAUGAACUCUCCCGCUCACCUGCCCACCCAUGAACUCUCCCGCUCUACUGCCCAUCCAUAGACUCUCCCGCUCUCCUGCCCAUUUAUUAACUCUCCCGCUCACCUGCCCAUCCAUGAACUCUCCCUCUCUCCUACGCAUCCAAAAACUCUCCCGCUCUCCUGCGCAUCCAUGAACUCCCCCGCUCACCUGCCCAUCCAUGAACUCUCCCGCUCACCUCCUCCAUGAACUCUCCCGCUCACCUGCCCAUCCAUAAACUUUUUCGCUCACCUGCGCAUCCAUAAACUCUCCCGCUCUCCUGGGCAUCCAUGAACUCUCCCGCUCACCUGCCCACCCAUGAACUCUCCCGCUCUACUGCCCAUCCAUAGACUCUCCCGCUCUCCUGCCCAUUUAUUAACUCUCCCGCUCACCUGCCCAUCCAUGAACUCUCCCUCUCUCCUACGCAUCCAUGAACUCUCCCGCUCUCCUGCGCAUCCAUGAACUCCCCCGCUCACCUGCCCAUCCAUGAACUCUCCCGCUCACCUCCUCCAUGAACUCUCCCGCUCACCUGCCCAUCCAUAAACUUUUUCGCUCACC